GCUGCGCAAACCCUGUCGUACUUUCCUGUCCUGUGUGUAUGACAGAGUGUGUUGAAAGAAAAUGUAUGUGUAGCGCUCUGUUCCUGAACAGAACCCACAUACACACACACAGACACUCUCAUCUCAUCAGCACUGCCAACGCCUGAAUAUGGGCACUUGAAUUCAGAAAUGUAUGCAAUGCUGUUGACUCUUUUAAGGCCAAUCAGACAGAGGGGAGGCGUAAACAAAGUUUAAGUAAAUAUUUUAGCCAGCAAGUGAACACAUCUGCUGCACAACACACAAGGAGAGCGAUACAGUAAUUUGCUCAUAAGCCCUUUCUCUAUCUGUUAUGAGGAAAGAAUGAUGCUGUGUUCGAUAGUAAUAUCUCUGCUUCUCCAAUUUCUCGAAGCACAAGGAAGCCCCAUGGUAAUUUACGCACAGGAAGGAGGGACCGUUACCCUACCUAGAGAUACACCAGUAACGGCAGAGAAUGUUUAUGUGAACUGGUACUAUGGGUCAGUGGAUAAGGCACCAGUCAUCAGCAGGAAUCCUCUGACUGGGAUCCAAAAGGGGACCUGGACACGUGCUUCUCUGUUACCGGAUUUCUCUCUACAAAUUUCACCAGUGCAGGAUUCUGAUUUUGAAAUUUUCCUCUGUGAACAACAUGUAAGGAAGGAUAAUUAUAUCAAGACCUACAAACUGUACCGUGUGUCUAUACCCAAAGUGCCGACUGUGUUAUUUGGUGACUCUCUGUCUCUAAAUUGUGAAGUGGAAAGCAGUCCGGUUCCGACCACUGUAACUUGGAGUCCACCUAAAAACUCAGAAUGUGAACGUGAGAUUACAUCUUACAGUGGAAACACAAUUUCGGUUAAAGAUGUGUCCAGGUGCGCUGGUGGUGUUUGGACAUGCGAGGUGAAGUAUGAAAACCAAAAAGCAAAAGCAACAACAAGUGUUUCUGUAAUAGACCUUGCCCCUUCUCCACCAGAUCCCAUUUAUACAUCUGUCUCCUAUUCAUACUCCCCUACAGUUGACAUCCCUUGUUCUUUGUCCUCUAACAUCCCCUGGGCUGUUGUAACAAACUUUAGCCUCCAGAGGGGUAGCUGGAUUUUCACACCUCGCAGUGACCAAAGCCAGCUGCUUGCAGUACCUCUUCUCAUCCUAAGUGUUCAUCCGAAGACUACAUGGAACAUCACAAUGAAUGCACAAAUUGCUGUCCAGGGACGAGAGUUGAAAGAUCAGGAUCUAUCAAUUCAUAAGCUUCUUGUAUCGAAGAAAAUUAGAGGGGAGUAUACCUGUAGUCUGAAAUUCAUGAAGAAGACCCUCAGCAGGAAGGUGCAAGUGGAGGUUCUGCAGGUGCAGAUUCUGCAGGUGCCCUCUUCUGCGGGAUCUUCAUUAUAUGAAGGCCAAAGUGUAAAUCUGACAUGCACAUUAGGGCAUCCUAUGACCUCUGACCUUGAGGUGAAAUGGAAAUGUCCAUCUUGCUCCACUCUUCCAUCACUUAGCUCCUCUCCUCACCCUGCUUCUCUGUUCAUCCCUGAAGUGAGAGUGCAGAACAGUGGGAAAUGUAUAUGUGAACUCUGGAAAAAUGAGAAGAUGCUGACAUCUGCUGAGCUAUUCCUGAAGAUUGAGAAUGUUUCGGUGAACAUCUGGCUUUGGGUUGCCAUCAGCAGUGGAGCUGUUGUCUUCAUCUUGCUCCUUGUUAUCGUCAUCAUUGUCAUUCGCAGACACAAAAAGCAGAUGAUAAUGUCCAGACGACACAAGACCAGGUUCUGCUGCUGUAAAAAUCCCCAACCAAAAGGAUUCUACAAGACCUGAGGUUCCUCAGCUUUUCAUAUUUAUAACUGAUGUUACAAAUAACCAUGUUGAUGUAUAGCUGUCUGAGUUAAACUUCCCAUUCCAGUGACUGCAUUCAUUUUUGGUAUUUCUUUAUUAGAUUGUAUCAUACUCUCAUGACCACAUUGUAAAUAUCUGAACAUAUUUGAUAAGAAGCAGAAUAAUAGGCAGGUUAAACAAUAUUCUUGAUCAUUUUUUAGGUGUAAAUAACAUGAUAUGAUUUAUCUGGAGGCUAAAUAUACAACAAGAGAAUGUGUUAUUCCUAAAACAUUGAAUCACUAGAAAAAAACAUUAAAUAAAAUGUCACUGAAGCUUGGCACUGUAAUAUGUAUAUGCAUUUUAGAUUACAACUUUAUACGCAAUGCCAAACAUACCUCCUAACACUGUCUUGAAUAUCCCAAUGAUGUUGUUUUUAGCUGACUAUUUAUCUCUCUAAUG